AAUCAACUAAAAAAAGCAAAAGAAAAAUAAAAAUAAAAAUAAAGAAAGCGUUGUUACGACGAAGUAGGAGUCUAAAUUUGAAGUAAGGAGCUUUUCUCCGGCAAACAAUACACACAAGAAAGGUUGUGAUUGUGAUGAAAUCAUGCCGCUGAAGAAAGAAGCUUGCAGAAAUUUUCAUCGUGGCAAUUGUCGCUUUGGUGAUAAAUGUAAAUUCUUACAUGUUACACAACAGCAGCCUAAAUCCAAUAAUCCUUUUGGGUUUGGGUCACAGAAUGCCACACCUUUCCAGCAGCAGAAACCCAAUCCUUUUGGUUUUGGUGUUCAGAACAGUGGUCCGACUAACGGAGCUCCGAAUUCUGGAGGAUUUAAGCCUUUUGAGAACAAAUGGACCCGUUCAGAACAGCAGCAGAAUCAGUCUCAGGCUGCUAAUCACACGUGCACAGAUCCUGAUUCUUGCAAACGCCUAUUCGCGGAAGAUUUUCAGAAUGAGAGACCACUUUGGAAGCUAACAUGCUAUGGACAUUAUAAAUACUUGCCAUGUGAUAUUACUGGUGAUAUUAGUUACGAAGAGUUGCGGGCUCUAGCAUAUGAUGAUGCUAAACGUGGCAUUAGUUUGCAGUCAAUUGUUGAAAGAGAGAGGAAUUUGGUGAAUUCUAAGGCGGCCGAAUUUGAAAACUUGCUUCGAAAUCCGUACACAAAACAUACAACUCCGACUCAGUCCAACCAAAAUCCAUUUCCCAUUGUUGCUGCCAGCUCACCAUCAAUAGCACCUCAAAAUAGCGGUGUUUCUUCAUUUCAGCAGAGUCCACCGCCUAACAUGUCAUUUGGUGUAAGGCCUUCUGCUACAACAAAUAGUGGUUUUGGGCAAUUCCAAAACCAUCCUGGUCCAUUUGGGGCCAGCAACAAUUCUCCAGGUUCUUUCGGCACUCAAAUUCCUGCACAAGGAGGAGGAAAUUUCAACAUAUUUGGCUUCGGCAAUCAUGGCAUGAAUAGUCAAGCUACUCAAUUUCCUUCACAAACAGGGGGGAAUCCCUUUGCUCCUAGUCCAGGAGGCUUCGGCAAUAUUGGUAUGAUUAAUCAAAGCCCUCAAGUUCCUGGGCAGAAUGGUGGAGUAUCUUUUACUUCCAACAUAGGAGGCUUUGGUACUACUGGAAUGAAUCAAGUUAGCCUACCUUCAACUUCAUCAGUAUCACCGGUUACUCAAACUCCUCCAGCCAAUAAUUCAUCUAUGCUUCUCAAUGGAUUUGGUGGUGCUAAUGGGAUACAACAGCCAUUAAACAACAAUUUGCAAGAAACCUCAUCUACGGAUGCAAGUAUCUGGUUGAAAGCGGAGUGGACACGUGGAGAGAUUCCAGAGCAACCACCUCCAGCAGCAUAUGUCCGAUAAGGGUUUUUGAUAGCUUAGCGCGGUUUCUGAACCAAACUCCGGGGACUCUCAAGUAUAGCAAAAGCUUCUACCCAAUCUGAAAUUGCCAAUUAUCUCCUCUGAAGUUCAGUUCAGUUAAACUAUGAUUUGGAUUGCUGUCUGCCUGAAGCCCUGAAACCUGACUGUGUUGUCGAGGUUUUGAUUUUCCUAUGGAUUUCAUACAUCACAGUCUCAACCCUUGCACACAUUUGGGUAGACUGCAGGACUCUCAUUGAUUUAUAUGCCUUCAGCUAUUAUAUUUUCAUGAUAGUCUUCUAAGCUAUAACAUCCUUGUUUGUUUUAAGUUUCAAAAAUGUAAAACCUUCAUCGACAGAUUUUAUUAGAUGAAUGUUAUUCAUCAAUCUUUUAGAAUUAAGGCUUUGAUAUUGUUGUGUGAAUGUUUAUUGUCCAUUGUUGAACUAUCUUUAGAGAGGUUCAAAACCCUUUAAAUUGUUUGGUAUCAAUAAGUUGGCCGUGGAAAUGGAAUAAAAUUAAGUGUAUCAAUUUCAUUUU